CGUAAAGGUAACAGUCCUAUAAAUAAAUGCACAUACACACCUCAAUUUGAGUUGAGAUCAAUCUGAACUCUGAAGUUUUAUCAAAGUAGUAUUUUAAUUAUUUUGUGUUGCAUUUAACCAUGUUGAGGUCUUCUCUCAAGUUUCUGUUUCAAUGGCUCUUUCUGAUGCUUCUUUUCUUCCCAAUUUUUUCUGCAACAAAGCUGCGAAAAACUCCACGGCUAUCUCCAUUUGGCCCUAAGUUUCUACGUGAUCCUUCUAAAAACAUCUUCUCUUCUUCAUCGUUGCACUCGAUGAAGGACUUUGAGACAAAAUUUUACGAGCAAACACUAGAUCAUUUCAACUAUCAGCCACAAAGCUACUCCACUUUCAAGCAAAAAUAUGUGACCAACUCUAGAUAUUGGGGUGGUGCAAAUUCAAGCUCGCCAAUAUUGGCAUAUCUUGGUGCAGAAUCAUCUCUAGGUGAUGAUUUUAGUUACAUUGGCCCUCUCUCAGAUAAUGCCCCUCGCUUUAAAGCCCUCUUGAUCUACAUUGAGCAUCGGUUCUAUGGGGAAUCGAUUCCCUUUGGACUAGAGGAAGAUGCAAUAUUGCUGAAAAAUGAGAGUAUAAGAGGGUAUUUUAACUCCGAACAAGCAUUGGCUGAUUAUGCUGAAAUUCUUCGACAUGUAAAGGAAAUAUUCGGUGCUCCAAAGUCUCCAAUUAUUGUUGUUGGCGGAUCAUAUGGUGGAAUGUUAGCUGCAUGGUUUCGACUAAAGUAUCCGCAUAUUGCAAUGGGGGCAUUAGCCAUUUCAGCACCCAUUCUUUAUUUUGAGGAUCUCAUUCCACAUGAUGCUUACUUCUCCGUUGUCCAAAAGGAUUUUAAGGAACAAAGCGAGAGUUGUUUUAAAACAAUUGAGGAAUCAUGGGAUAUAAUUUACAAGAUAGGUUCCAAACCUAAUGGUCUCUCCCUCCUCAGCCGGAAGUUCAAAUCUUGCUCGAAAUUGAAAAAAAUUGAUGACUUGUCGGAAUUCAUCGUCAACAUUUACUCUUCGGCGGCACAAUACAAUGAACCUCCAAGAUAUCCCGUUAAAUUGAUGUGUGAUGCCAUCGAUGGAGCACCGGAUGGUACUGAUGUUUUGGGUCGGAUCUUGGCUGGUAUCCAAUCUCUUGUUGGUUCUGACGGAAAUAGGGGCUGCUAUGAUCUCAGAGGUUACUCUGAUUAUCUCACUGAAAGCUGGGAUUGGCAAACCUGCACAGAGAUGGUAAUACCAAUUGGUGGUAGUGACAAUAUUACUAUUGUACGAGAAAAGCCUUUCAACAUGAAAGAAAGAAAUAAACAAUGUAAGAGACAUUAUGGUGUUGUGCCUCGGCCUCAUUGGGUUACCACUUAUUAUGGCGGUUAUGACAUUAAAAUGGUUCUGCGCAAAUUUGGGAGCAACAUAAUUUUCUCCAAUGGCUUACGUGAUCCUUGGAGUCGUGCCGGGUAACCAGUUAAACUUAAGAUGUUUUUAAUCCUUUUUUUUUUAAAAGAAAAAAAUUAUAAAUCAACCUUUUACUAGUUCAUCAACAACUAUUCUACCUCCUGAAAUAUUAAAAUCAACCUUGUUUUGUAUUUUUUUUUCAUUAAUUGCAGAGUUCUGGAGAAUUUAUCAGAUGGUCUCCUUGCCGUUUACACAAUAGAAGGUUCGUAUUCAUUGCAAGAUAAAGUUAACGUGGCUAUCAAUUAAGUAAAGGUGAUUUUGUUAUCCUCUUGAUUUAGUAAUUAAUGACUUUAUCGCAACCACCAAAUGUUUCUAGGAUCACAUUGCUUGGAUUUGAAUCCUGCAAGUGAAAUUGAUACACCAUGGUUGACCGAGCAAAGAGAGAAGGAGAUUGAGAUUAUGGAAACAUGGCUUGCAAACUAUUAUGCCUAUCUCAAAUAGUGAAAGAAGAAUGAAAUUAGGAGAGUCUUUCUUAGUGAUCGAUUGCUGCUUCAUUCAACUUGCAUCCAAACCAAAUAAAGUCCUUCCCUUUAUGAUUUUUUGAUUACUCCUUUCAUAUUGAAAUGAUUAUUCAGUUUAGAUUUUCUUUUUUGGUUCAAAUUAUAUAUAAUGAAAAUAAAAAUUCGAAUUGUGCCACAAUUUUGGAACAUGGAGAGUUAUACUCAUUCUUUC